AUGCGAGACCUGAAGCAGUCAUUGGUUGACGCGGUUCCGUCGAGGGUGGUUGCGUUGGCGCGAGCCGGCCGUCUCGGCGACACGGCAGGCCAGGACUCGUCGAAACCGGCCAGCCAGACGAAUUGUAGCGCCAUUUCUCGCGGUUGUCGCGCCAUUUGGCGUGACCGCAACUAUCCGUUCUAUCGCGACCACUCGGGCCUUCCGACUGACAGCCAGUCGGUGGUCUGGCGACGACCCAUUCAGAGCGUCCACAUACCGGCCUGCCUGGACGAGGUGAUCUCGUCUCUGUCGGGCCACGACGCCGGCGAGGCUCGCACCGGCCUCGCCGGCCUGCUCAGCUUCCUGACGCACGGCGACGAGACGCAGAUCCUGCGCGCCUUCGACACGGUCGGAUUCGCCGCACUUCGGCGCCACUUUGCCCGACCGCUGGUGCUGACCGCCGACUGGAACGGUCUGCUCGCGGGACUCGCCGUCGUCUGCGCUCUCGUCGAGCAGACGUCGGCCGUUCGAGCCGGUCUGCUCGCCUGUCUGCCGCGUCUCUUGCGGCCGAUGCAGCGUCAGUUCAGCGUCUACCGGACUCGUCGAUUCGUGCCCAGUCGGGCAGCCUACGAGACCGAGUUGUGUGCGUCGACGGACCGACGCCAAUCCGACGAGGCUGGAGUGCGCCUCUUCCGCGACUACAACUGGCCACGACGACAGACGCAGUCGAGACGGCCGCUGCAGAAGAUGACCGGCCAUCGCCUGACUCGACACUGUCAAGACGACGAAAUCACCAGCCUCGAGCAGUGGCUGCAGCACGUCGAGUCGGUGAUUGUGACCAAAAGUGGCGCCGACAGCCGCGAGCACCGGCGCUAUCUGACCCUGCUGCGGAGACAUGUGCCCAGCUACUCUCGUCUCUUCUUCACACGUCCACCGGCAGGUCCAGCUCUUUCGGCCUGUCCGGACGGCGUGGCAACUGUGCUCAAACCGGUUGCCAGCCCGGUUGUCAGGUCGUGGAAGGGGGAAAUGUGGUGUCGACAAGAGGACGACUCGAGCAUUCGCUCGUCGGUCGUCUCGGUUCAGCUUCAUCCUGAAUCCCCGCGACGCAAAGAAUCUUCACCUGACGACGCAGUUGACGUCGCGAGU